UCGAGACGUCACCGGCGGCGUGGCGUCACGUUACUUCCUGGUCAUCGUGUCGUCUACUUUACUUUGUCAACAAAGCUGACUGUAGGCAGCGGCGGGCUGGCUGGCGGCUGACGGACGGACGGAAUUUAUUGAUUUCAUUUCCCUCCCUCGUUUUGCGACGGCGUUUUCCAUGGCGGCGUCCGCUUUUGUCGGCCUUGUUGUCGUUUCCUUAGCGGCGCUUUGCCGGACUUUCGCCGCCGACAACGAGAACGGCGAGGCCCGGAGUCCUAAUAACAGUAGCAGCGGCGGCGUUGGCACGGCCGGAAGCGGAAAUGGCAAAGAAGGCUUGACGGGCUUCGGCGUCGACCCGUCGAUGAUGCAGCGGGCCGCUUACGUGCUCAUCGCCAUCACCGCCAUGGGAUUUCUAUACUUUAUCGUCAGGGCCGGCUGUGUGAAAAAGACCGCGCCCAGGAAGAAGUACGGCCUGCUGUCUCGCUCGGAGGACACCGUGGAGCUGACGGCGGCGGCCAGCGACGACGAGGACGACAACACGCUCUACGAAGCGCGGCCCCUCCGCAGGUGAGGCCUGCACCGGAGGGACACGUCAUCCUCUGCUGAGGGGAUAAAACCACCAAAGAAGACUUCAUCUGCACACUUUUCGUUUUCUUUAUUGUCUUGCCUUAAUUCUAUCAAAUUUUUUUUUUUUUUUUUUUUGGGCUACUGUUGUUUUCCAAAGAGGACGUGGAGCCGAGCGGACCGUUGUGGCGAACGAGCGUCGCGGACUAUUGCCAAACAUUUUUUGUAAUCGGUGACAUUUCAAUUGACCAACGGGGUGUCGUUUGGAUGCUUUCAUUCCAAUUCAAGGGACCCCUUUUUCCAAAUAUUAAACUUUAUGCAUUCGUA